UCGACAGCAGACUAUGUGGUGUUUGCUGUCAUGCUGGUGCUGUCUGCCAGCAUUGGGCUCUACUACACCUGGGUCAGCAGUGGCCAAAGAAGCUCAGAGGAAUUCUUAACUGGCGGACGCAAAAUGACUGCCCUGCCCAUCUCCAUGUCCCUAACUGCCAGCUUCAUCUCAUCCAUCACAUUGAUGUCUACCCCACCUGAGGUGUACCACUACGGAGCCAUUGUUGGAUUAUUUUGUGUUGCCUAUAUAUUGACAGUGGUGGUCACCUCUGAGGUCUUUCUCCCAGUCUUCUACAGACUGUCCAUCACCAGUGUGUAUGAGUACCUGGAGCUUCGUUUCAACAAAGCAACCCGUCUGAUGGGAACUGUGCUCUUCAUGGUUCAAACAAUCCUCUUCACUGGAAUCAUCAUUUAUGGCCCAGCUCUAGCUUUAAAUCAAGUUACUGAUAUGGAUCUGUGGAGUGGAAUUAUUUCAGCAGGCACUGUCUGUACUCUCUACUGCACAUUGGGUGGACUGAAGGCCGUGGUGUGGACAGAUGUGUUUCAGGUUGGAGUAAUGCUUGCAGGCUACAUGUCUGUUAUAAUCAAGUGUGUGAUCUUAAAAGGAGGGAUCCUCCCCAUCAUUUUGGAUGCACAGCAAGGAGGGAGACUUAACUUUUGGGACUUUGACAUAAACCCUCUAAGGAGAUACACUUUUUGGACCAUAGUUAUCGGCGGGGCAGUUGGUUGGAUUGCUGUCUAUGGGACCAACCAGGCCCAGGUUCAGAGAUAUGUCUCCUGCAAAACCAUCACUCAUGCCAGAGUAGCAAUGUGCAUGAGCCUAUUAGGUCUGUGUUUCUUCAUGGUGUGCUCAGUGUUUGCAGGAAUGAGCCUCUAUUCUUUCUAUAAGAACUGUGACCCAUGGACAGCUGGACUGGUCUCUGCUUCUGAUCAGCUGAUGCCAUACCUGGUGGUGGACAUCAUGACAAGCACUCCUGGCCUGCCAGGGCUAUUUUUUGCAGCAGUAUAUAGUGGCUCUCUAAGUACAAUGUCUUCCAUCGUCAAUGCACUGGCUGCAGUGACACUAGAGGACCUAAUCAAACCAUACACUAAUAUGUCUGAGAAACAGCUAUCCUGGGCCUCUAAAGGACUGAGUUUCUUAUUUGGGAUGCUAUGCAUCUCCAUGGCUGGACUGGCCUCAGUUAUGGGAGGGAUGAUGCAGACAGGUGUCACCAUCUUUGGGGUCACUGGAGGUCCUUUAUUUGGUGUGUUCACAUUGGGAAUCCUUUGUCCAUUUGCUAAUUCUAAAGUAAGUUUGUCCUCAUUUAACUAAAGCUUCUGCUUUUUCUU